AUGCUGUUCCCCAUAGUCUUUUUGACACUCUUGCCCUUUGCUCAUGGGUUGACAUGGAACAAUACACAGUAUAUGUUCGUGUUUGGCGAUUCUUACAGCACGACGGGAUACAACGUUUCAGCUGGGAUCACCUCCCCCGACCCAGGCUAUACAGCUUCUGAUGGGCUCAAUUGGGUGCAGUACCUACGAGGAACAUACAAUGUUACGUACACGAAAGUAUACAACCUCGCAUAUGGUGGUGCCACGACGGACUCGUACUUGGUCACCCCAUACCUGCCCACUGUACAGUCUUUUGUGGAGCAAGUCUCGCUGUGGGACCAAUACUUCAGCCCUCCUCCAAGCGUUGUACCCUGGACCAGUAACAACACCCUCUUCACCGUUUUCAUUGGUAUCAACGACGUCGGCAAUGCGUGGCAGACGAACAACCUCAACCAGUCUCAACCAGUCUUCUUCAGCCUCCUGAUGGACAGAUACUUUCAGCAGGUCAACAACCUCUACGAGCGGGGCGCUCGGAAUUUCCUGUUUUUGAAUGUGCCCCCCAUUGACCGGGCUCCGCUGUUCCUCGCUCAAGGUAAUGCAACGGCUAUGGCUGUCCAGUCGGCUAUCUCACUGUACAACACCUAUCUCAUGAACCGCAUCAACGCUAUGCAGUACCUCUACCCCGACCUCGGCUCCGUUGUGGUGUAUGACACCAACACCCUUUUCAACACCCUACUUGACAACGCUGGGGUGUUCUUGUUCUCCAACAUCACAGGCUACUGCGGUGACUAUGCCAACGGUACGCCGACCACGACAUACCAGGUUGCUGGGUGCGAGCCAGUGUCAACAUACUUCUGGUUGAACACGCUGCACCCGUUGUGGUUUGUACAUGACGUCAUGGCUCAUGCCAUCAGCCGUGCUCUAUCGUGA